UAUCCCCGAUAGUGCAUGUGGGGUAAAAUCAUUUACGACACAUACCCAGGAAAUGAUAGCACGGGAACAAUAUCUGAAUUUAUUCCAAGCAUACUACAGAGGAUUGACAGCAACUACAAUUUUCAAAUGUCCAUACGCACAGAUCUAGGAUCAGUGUCCCCUAACCAUAUCCAGCCUCGAUGGUUGAGAGGUGAAACAGCUCGCUGACUUGCGAUCAGUGCAACUUUGCCCACAAGCAAAUAGUGUUCCAGGCAAAAGUAAUCGUUCUGAAGUGGCGGUGCAUCCUAGGCAUACGAGUAUAUCACAGAGCAUUCACUUAAACAAAAAUGGCGGGUGACAAGGAUCCUUUCAAGCAGAUGAAGGAUCUCAACCAGCUCAAGAAUCAACUGGAAGAUAUCCAGAAACGUGUGGAGACCGAAUUUGCAGCAGGAAUUCCACAGGGGGGCUCUGUGCUGGCAUCUCCCUUUUUGAAGGGGUUCCUGGCUGGGUACGUGGUGGCCAAGCUCCGCUCCUCAGCUAUCAUAGGAGUGCUACUAGGAACAUUCACAGGCAUCUAUGCUGCUCAGAACUAUCAGGUGCCCAACAUUGAAAGCACUCUGAAAGACUAUAUGAGUUUGUUUAGAAAAGGACCAAAGUAAUGGGAAGAACCAGGUCUAGGCUUCAUCUUCUAACUGCCAAAGGUCAAGGACACAACCACCACUUCUGUAGAUGCUCCCUUUUCAGAG